GGCGGCAGCUGGGGGUCCCGCUGCGCCCCGCGCCUGAGCACCCAGUGCGAGGCUAAAAGCCGUGCGGGAAGGCAGAGCGUCCUCGGCAGCACCGUCCCGCAGCCCCGCCAUGGCCGCCGGCUUCUUCAUCAGCAAGAGCGUGGGCAUCGUGGGCAUCGUGCUGGGGCUGGGCGCCGUGGCCACCAUCAUCGCGCUCUCGGUGGUCUACGCGCAGGAGAAGAACAAGACGGCGGCGCCGGCACCGGCGCCGGGCACCCCCGGCACCACGGCCGCCACCACCACCGCCCCCAACAACGUGUGGAACCGCUGGCGCCUGCCCACGGCGCUCAAGCCCGAGAGCUACGAGGUGACGCUGAGGCCCUUCCUGAAGCCCAACCAGGACAACGUGUACAUCUUCACCGGCAACAGCACCGUGACCUUCCUCUGCGAGGAGCCCACCGACAUCAUCCUCAUCCACAGCAACAAGCUCAACUACAGCAUGCAGGGCGGCUUCCACGCGUCGCUGCAGGCGCUGGACGGCGCCAGCCCCCCGGCCAUCACCAGCACGUGGCUGGAGACCCCCACGCAGUACCUGGUGGUGCGGCUGGCCGCCCAGCUGCAGAGGGGCCACUACUACAGGCUCGUGAGCAGCUUCACGGGCGAGCUGGCCGACGACCUGGCCGGCUUCUACCGCAGCGAAUACGUGGACGGCACGGAGACCAAGGUGGUGGCCACGACGCAGAUGCAGGCGGCAGAUGCGCGCAAAGCCUUUCCCUGCUUCGACGAGCCGGCCAUGAAAGCCAACUUCACGGUGACCAUCAUCCACCCCAGCGACCACCAGGCCCUGUCCAACAUGCCGGCCACGAGCUCCCGCGCGCUGCAGCUCGACGGCGAGAGCUGGAACGUCACCGAGUUCGCCACCACGCCCAAGAUGUCCACCUACCUGCUGGCCUUCAUCGUCAGCCAGUUCGAGAGCAUCGAGAACAUCUCGGACAGUGUGCAGAUCCGCAUCUGGGGCCGCCCGCAGGCCAUCGCCGAGGGCCAGGGCGACUACGCGCUCAACGUCACCAGGCCCAUCCUCAACUUCUUCGAGCGCCACUACAACACGGCCUACCCGCUGCCCAAGUCCGACCAGGUCGCGCUCCCCGACUUCAACGCGGGCGCCAUGGAGAACUGGGGCCUGGUGACGUACCGGGAGAACUCGCUGCUCUACGACAGCACCUUCUCCUCCAUCAGCAACAAGGAGCGCGUGGUGACGGUCAUCGCGCACGAGCUGGCGCACCAGUGGUUCGGGAACCUGGUGACGCUGCGCUGGUGGAACGACCUGUGGCUCAACGAGGGCUUCGCCUCCUACGUGGAGUACCUGGGCGCCGACUCAGCCGAGCCCGACUGGGGCAUCAAGGACCUCAUGGUGCUCAACGAGCUGUACACGGUGAUGGGCACCGAUGCGUUGGCCAGCUCCCACCCGCUCUCCUUCAGCGAGGACGAGAUCAACACGCCGGCGCAGAUCAGCGAGGUCUUUGAUUCCAUCGCCUACAGCAAGGGCGCCUCGGUGCUGCGCAUGCUCUCCGACUUCCUCAGCGAGGACGUGUUCAAGGAGGGGCUGCAGUCCUACCUGCACACGUUCGCCUACGGCAACACCGUCUACACCGACCUCUGGACCCACCUGCAGGCGGCGGUCGACAAGCACCAGCUGCCGCUGCCCGCCUCCAUCGGCACCAUCAUGGACCGCUGGACGCUGCAGAUGGGCUUCCCGGUGGUGACGGUGGACACGCGCGACGGCUCCGUGAGCCAGCGGCAYUUCCUGCUGGAGCCCGGCUCCACCGUGCAGCGGCCCUCGCCCUUCAACUACACCUGGAUCGUGCCCGUCACCUGGCAGACGUCCAGCGGCACCAGCGACAGCAUCUACUGGCUGGAGAAGGUCUCAGACACCCACGCCGCGUUCCAGGUGAGCAGCSCCGACUGGCUCCUGCUCAACCUCAAUGUGAGCGGCUACUUCCGCGUCAACUACAACCAGGAGAACUGGGACCAGCUCCUCAACCAGCUCUCCACGGACCACCAGCGCAUCCCCGUCAUCAACCGGGCCCAGAUCAUCGAUGACGCCUUCAACCUGGCCAGGGCCAAGCACCUGGACGUGACGGUGGCGCUGAACACCACGCGGUUCCUGGCCCAGGAGACGGAGUACAUGCCGUGGCAGGCGGCCCUCAACAACCUGGCCUACUUCGAGCUCAUGCUGGACCGCAGCGAGGUGUUCGGCGUGAUGACGAGAUACGUCCAGAGGCAGGUGCUGCCCCUGUUCGAGCACUACCGGCAGCUCACCAGCAACUGGACCACCAUCCCCAGCGGCCUCAUGGACCAGUACAACGAGAUCAACGCCAUCAGCACCGCCUGCUCCUACGGCAUCUCCGAGUGCCAGGAACUGGCCAGCAGCCUCCUGGCCACCUGGCAGAGCAACGUCAGCAGCAACCCGAUCCCCCCGAACCUGCGCUCCGCCAUCUACUGCAGCGCGGUGGCCACGGGUGACGAGGCCACGUGGGACUUUGUGUGGCAGCGGUUCCGCGAGGCCACCGUGGUGUCUGAGGCCGACAAGCUGCGCUCGGCCCUGGCCUGCAGCACCGAGCCCUGGAUCCUCAACAGGUACCUGGAGUACACCAUCGACCCCACCAAGAUCCGCAAGCAGGACGCCACCUCCACCAUCAACAGCAUCGCCAGGAACGUGGUGGGGCAGCCGCUGGCCUGGGACUUCAUCCGCAGCCACUGGAAGAUGCUGUUUGGGGAGUACGGCGGAGGCUCCUUCUCCUUCUCCCGCCUCAUCUCCUCCGUGACCCAGCGCUUCUCCACCGAGUUCGAGCUGCAGCAGCUCGAGCAGUUCAAGGCGGACAACCAGGACACCGGCUUCGGCUCGGGGACGCGGGCGCUGGAGCAGGCGCUGGAGCGGACGAGGGCCAACAUCAACUGGGUGAAGGAGAACAAGGCGGCGGUGCUGGCCUGGUUCCAGGGCGCCACCGGCUCCAGCUAGCGGCGCCGACCCGUGCGCUCCCUGCUCCGCACCGGGUCGGCUCUGCGCAGCCGCCGCAGCCGGCCCGGCCCCUCGGUGCUCCACUGGCCUCCGUCCCGCACUCCAGCCUCCGUGUGCCCCGUGUGCGGGCGCUCCCGCGCGGUGCCCCGGCUGCCGCCGCCGGGAACGC